AUGAAGUCUAAUGCGGUUGUUUUUGUUUACUUGCAGGAAAUGGUUUACAUUGCAUCUGUUUAUGGAGAAUGGGUGAUAAAGGACAAUUUGUCUUGGCAUUUUGAGGUUGAUUAUCGGAAAGGAGGUAGAAUGUUCUCGUUGAGGGAUGGAUGUACACAUGAUGAGCUCAUUCAAAUGGCUUUAGAGGAUUAUUCGCUAACCAAGAUCGGACACCGUUUGGAAAUAUCAUAUCCAUUACCAGAAGUGUUCACUCAGCAAACGUGUAAUGAUUCUCCGCCCAUGUUUGUCACAAACGACAGACAAGUCGAAAGCUUGAUCGAGCUAAGUAGAAAUCAUGGUGUACGACUUUGUGUCUCUAGCAAAGGGAAGGAUGAAGACAACGUAGAUGGACCUUUGGAUGAAGACUUAGAUGAAAAUCUGGAUGAUGAGUUGAAGGAAGAGUUCGAUGAAGAGUUGGAUGAAGAUUGGAGCGCAGAACGAGAAGAAGUGUCUGAAGAGUCGGGUUGUGAUGAGGAUGAUGUAAGGGAAAAAGCUUAUGAAGGCGAUGAUGACACACACGCGGACUACAGUCAGUAUGGGAAAAUUAAAGAUGAAGACGUUGUCAUUGAUGUUCCUUUCGAUGAUCCCCGCCUUUUAGGGCGUGGUGUGGGUCAUCGUAUAGGAAUUGAUAAUUGGGAAGACAAUAUUUACGAGCACCAGAGCUUUGAUACCAAGGCCCAACUUAUCUCUGAGUUGCGUUUGACCGCGGUGAUGACAAGAUUCUCAUUCAGGAUAGCUGCGUCUACAAGAAAAGUGUUUGUGGCCAAAUGCAAAGUCGCUGGAUGCAAAUGGAGGCUUAGAGCGGCCGUAAAGAACGAACCCUCCACGUUUUGGGUGACAAAGUACGUGAAGUCGCAUACAUGUUCUGUUUCUGAUCGAGUACGUAACCAUAAACGUUGUACAACGAAGUAUAUUGGAAAGCUUUUUCUUGAUCGGACAGGGCUCAUUGAAGGAAUUGUGCCGCAACACAUAAGAGACUCUAUGAGGAGGAUGUUUGGAAUGAAGCUCGACUAUACGGCUUCAUAUAGAGCUUUGAAACAUGCCCAAGACUUGGUGUGGGGAACAGCUGAAGAAGGAUACGCGAAUCUGCCUUCUUACUUGCAAAGAAUCAAGGAUGCAAAUCCGGGAACUGUGACUGACCUUGUCUGUGACUCACAGGACCGUUUUAAGUACUGCUUUCUAUCACUCGCCGGUUCUAUAUCUGGUUUUCAGUAUUUGAGGAGAGUGAUUGUGGUUGAUGGGACUCAUCUUACUGGGAAAUACGGAGGAGCUCUACUCGUGGCUGCCGGACAAGACGCCAACUUUCAAAUAUUCCCGCUAGCUUUCGCAGUGGUCGAUGCUGAGGAUAGUGAAUCAUGGGAAUGGUUUUUCAACAAGCUUAGAGAUUGUUUCAGGCAAUUUCCGCCAAUGGCGAUAGUCUCUGACCGUGCCGCUGCCAUAGCUAGAGCCAUUGGAAUCGUUAUGCCCUGGGCAUCAAGAGGAAUAUGCUACUAUCACCUCCAAGGUAAUAUAGUAAAGGACUUCCACGCAAAGGAGAUAAUGUAUAUGGUUAAAGGUGCAGCCUACGCCCAUACGGUGCCUGAAUACGACCGUUACAUGGACCUCAUAAGAGCUGCGAACCCUGCCCUAGCUACUUACUUAGAGACCUCGCAGAUCCGAAGUUAUGGUCGAGAGUUCAUUUUGAAGAAAGCAAAAGGAUUACCUAUUCCUCGUCUUUUGGAGUUUAUUAGGGAGAAGCUCGGGAGAUGGUUUAGCAAGAGGCGGGAGGAUGCACUGAGUCUCACAACCAGACACAGCAGAGGUGUUGAGUACAUAUUGGCCAUACGGUCUUACUAUGCGGGAAGUAUGAUCGUAGAUCGCAUAGACGCUUGGCGCUUUCAUGUUAAAGGCGGGAGACGAGAUUGUAAUGUCGACUUGGAGAAUCGAACAUGCUCGUGCGGUGUGUAUAACGUUGAAAAAAUCCCUUGCUCUCAUGUUAUUGCAGCUGCAGCCGAAGCUAACGUCGACAUGUCCUAUUACGUAUGCGCCACUCAUUCGACGCCUUCCUUGUUCUCAACAUAUGCACAUCCGAUUUACCCCAAAGAGGGAACUGACUCCCACGUGAAGCCUGUUCGCUGUUUGCCUCCAGGGGAGAGUGUCCCUUCUGGAAGGCCGAAGAAGUCGAGGUGGCAAACUUGGCUAGAGAUGUCUAGGAAGAAAAACACAAAACCGAGGAAAACGCAUAAGAAGUACAGCUGCUCUAAGUGCAAGGAACCUGGUCAUACUCGCCCCAAUUGUGUCGCUGAAGACUGA